GCCUGUCAGCUCUGACUUCCUGUAGCCCGCAGAAGGCGUUUCUACAUAUGUCAAAGUGAACAUUUAAGUGAAAGUAUUCUCUGUAAGGGUCCCAGUUUGUCGUCAGGCUGUUGCUGUAUCGAGCAUCAGGGAUAUUAAGAGUUAUGUCGGACACUAUCAAAAACGUCGCGAUAUUUGGCGCCACGGGAAUGACCGGGAAGGCGACUCUUCCGCUCGCGGUGGCUGCAGGGUACAAUGUGACCGUGCUGGUGCGGGACCCUGCCAGGCUGCCUGACGACCACAAGGCGUCCAGAGUGGUGGUGGGAGACGUUCUGAACAAAGAGGACGUGAAGAAGACCUUGGAAGGCCAGGACGCUGUCAUCAUCAUCCUAGGCACCAAUAACAGCCUCAGCCCGACCACCUUGAUGUCUGAAGGCACCAAGAACAUCGUUGAAUCCAUGAAGGCUCGUGGGAUCCGCAAGGUGGUCGGCUGCAUGUCAGCCUUCCUGCUGUGGGACCGCUCUAAAGUCCCGGCUCGUAUGAUUCCUGUGACCGAAGACCACGACAGGAUGUACACAGUGCUGAAAACAUCUGGGCUGGACUACGUGGCCGUCAUGCCUCCUCACAUCGCUGAUGAUCUUCCUCUGACGGAGAGUUACAUGGCGGCUGAGAACAUGCUGAAAGGAAGAGCCAUCUCUAAACACGACCUGGGACACUUCUUUGUCAAAUGUUUGUCCACUACAGAAUGGGACGGCAAGGCUGUCGGAGUGUGGGGAGACUAUAAAUGAUCCUGAACGAAUCACCACAUCCAGCAAGUGAAGGAGUUUAAAUGUCUUUCUGUCGCUGAUCACUAUUUUUUAUUUCCUCCAAAUACAAUGAAGAGAAAAAAAAUAUCUGUAUGUUUGUUUUAACUACAAGUAUGCCGUGAAAAAACAAAAAUGCUUUCCUUUGCUCUCCUUUAUGAUCAUAACUGACCAGCUUUAAUCGCCGCUGUUAUAUUUUUAUACUAAUUUCACUGUUAUCGCCACCAGGAUGCAUUUUAAGCCAAACCUGAACAGCUGCUUUAGUUUUAGCUAGUUAUAUCACUUUGCAUCAGUUCUAUCUUUUCUACAUGAACAGCGCUUACAUAAUGGAUGAUUUAUUUCCUACUUUUUGUCAUGUGAUGCUGUUGGUUGCUGCUGUGUUUUACAGUUGGCCCAUUUUUAUAGCUGUGGAAAAUAAAAGACCUUAUUGUAAAACAAAAAAUGUGCUGAAAAAGUGAAUUGUCAUGUGACUGAGCAAUGCUGCAGGCUGCAUCUUAAACUAACUGGACUGGAAGCAUUUGAGUACUUAAUUUAAAAAAAGACCUUUCAUGAAAGUUUGAAUGAUUGUAGGAAUAAAGAAAAGGGCACGUGGGGAAAAAUGUUUUAGACAUUUU